UGUAACAGAAAUAUGCUCAAGGAAAACAAACCCUUAUCAACCGACGGAGAAUAAGGAGUGUUUUCUGUUUGGAUGCUGUGUUUUUUUGUGAUUAACAAUUUUAAUUGAAUUGUAAAAGAGUAGGGAAUCAAUCAAACACAAAACAAGGAUUAAAUGGAGCCCUUAGCAUGAUGAAUCAGUCCAGCUUGUUUCUGUAAAGGUGUAACUCCAGCAUGAAUGUGUCAGAGGAGACAGACGACGGCGUCUCUGAUUCUGAAGUCACUGCUUCUCAGCAAUAUGACAGCCACUCCAGAGAUAUGAGCACAGUGAGGCAGGACAGACCAGACUCAACUGGACCCAGCUGUGUGUCCUUGAAGAGUGACGGGUCUAUGUGUGAGCCAGUAAACUUCAAGGAUGGAGGCCAGUCUAAUCAGCAAAUCCAAGUGAAACAGGAGAGAGCAGACCCACCUGUACCAGACUGUGUGUCUGUGAGGACUGACCGGUCCAUAAGUGAACCUAUUGAGUUCAAGGAUGUAGCACCAAUUACUGAGCCAAGCCAAGUGAACCAGGAGAGAGCAGACCCACCUGAACCCAGCCAUGUGUCCGUGAGGAGUGACCGAUCUGAGGACAAGUUCACUGAUUUCAGAGGUCACCGCAAGAGGUCAGAGGUUCUCAGUAAUAAGCCUGCCAAGAAGCACCAACAAAACCUGGACUCCAUUUUUUUGCUUCUUGAAGAGAACAUUGUGAGUUUUGUGAGAAAUGAGCUGAAGAGGUUCAAGAAAGUUCUGGAUCCAGAAGCUCCAGAAUACUUAGAGAGCCUGAGAGAAGAUGAAGUUGUGGUUGGUGAAGAAGAAGAGCAGAGAAAAAGCAACAGAGACGCUUUUCUGAAGCUCACACUGAACUUCCUGAGGAACAUGAAGCAAGAACAGCUGGCUGAUGCUUUGCGGAGCAGAACUCUCGCUGCAAUUUGCCAACGUAAACUGAAAUCUACACUGAAAGACAAGUUUCAGUGUUUGUUUGAAGGGAUUGCCAAAGCUGGGAACCCAACUCUUCUUCAUCGGAUCUUCACAGAACUCCACAUCACAGAGGGAGACUGUCAAGAGGUCAAUGAACAACAUGAGAUCAGACAGAUAGAAGCAGCAUCCCGAAAACCAGCUAGUUCGGAAACUACAAUUGGAUGCAAGGAUAUGUUCAAAUGUGGAAGACAUGAACCAAUCAGAACUCUUGUCACAAAGGGAGUGGCUGGCAUUGGGAAAACAGUCUUAACGCAGAAGUUCAUCCUGGAUUGGGCCGAAGGCAAAGCCAACCACAAUAUACAGUUUAUCUUUCCAUUCACUUUCCGAGAGAUCAAUUUGCUAAAAGAGAAAAAGUACAGCUUGGUGCAACUUGUUCAUGAGUUCUUCACUGAAACCAAAGAAGCAGGAAUCUGCAGGUUUGAAGACUUCCAGGUUGUGUUCAUCUUUGACGGUCUGGAUGAGUGCCGACUUCCUCUGGACUUCUGCAACAAUGAGAUCCAGACUGACGUUACAGAGUCCACCUCAGUGGAUGUACUGCUGACAAACCUCAUCAGGGGGAAACUGCUUCCCUCCGCUCGCCUCUGGAUCACCACACGACCUGCAGCAGCCAAUCAGAUUCCUCCUGACUGUGUUGACAUGGUGACAGAGGUCAGAGGGUUUACUGACCCACAGAAGGAGGAGUACUUCAGGAAGAGGUUCAGAGACAAUGAGCAGGCUCGCAGAAUUAUCUCCCACAUCGAGGCAUCACGAAGCCUCCACAUCAUGUGCCACAUCCCAGUCUUCUGCUGGAUCACCGCUACAGUUCUGGAGCAUGUGCUGAAAAUCAGACAGAGAGCAGAGCUGCCCAAGACCCUGACUGAGAUGUACAUCCACUUGCUGGUGGUUCAGACCAAACAGGGGAAUGUAAAAUAUCACAGCAGUGCAGCGACAGAUCCAGUCUGGAACACAGAGACCAAAAAGACCAUUCUCACUCUGGGAAAACUGGCUUUUGAGCAACUGGAGAAAGGAAAUCUGAUCUUCUAUGAAGCAGACCUCAAAGAAUGUGGCAUUGACAUAAAAGCUGCUUCUAUUUACUCAGGUCUAUUCACACAGAUCUCCAAAGACGAGCAUGGGCUGAAUCAGGACAAAGUGUUCUGCUUUGUCCAUCUGAGUGUUCAGGAGUUUCUGGCGGCACUCUAUGUCUUCCUUACGUUCACCAACACUGGCAUCGAUCUACUAAGAAGAAGAGGGUGGUUCACUUCAGUUCAGGCUUUGCCAUUACAACGAGAAUUCAAACACCUCUACCAGAAUGCAGUGGACAAGGCUUUAAAAAGUCCAAAUGGACACCUGGACUUGUUUGUUCGUUUCCUCCUUGGCCUUUCACUUGAGACCAAUCAGACUCUGCUACGGGGCCUGCUGAAAAAGACAGGAAGUAAACAAGAGGUCAAAGAGAUGCUAGUGCAGUACAUCAAAAAGAAGAUAAGGGAAAAUCCUUCACCAGAGAGAAGCAUCAAUCUGUUUCACUGCCUGAAUGAGCUCAAUGACCAUUCUCUAGUGGAGGAGAUCCAACAGCACCUGAGAUCAGGGAGUUUAUAUGGUAACAAACUCUCUCCUUCUCAGUGGUCAGCGCUCGUCUUCAUCUUACUGUCAUCAGGGAAAGCUCUAGAUGUGCUUGACUUGAGAAAAUUCUCUGCUUCGGAGGAGGCAUUUUUCAGGCUGCUGCCAGUGGUCAAAGCAUCCAAAACAGCCCUGCUGAAUGGCUGUAAUCUCUCAUCAAAAAGCUGUGAAGAUCUGGCUGCCGUUUUAAGCUCCAAGAACUGUUGUCUGAGAGAGCUGGACCUGAGUAACAAUGACCUACAGGAUACAGGAGUAAGGCUACUCUCAAAUGGACUUCAGAGUCCACACUGUAGACUGGAGAUUCUUGGCGUGUGUGCUUGCAGGCUGUCAGAGUGUCUGAUCACAGAGGAGGGCUGCGCUUUUCUGGCUUCAGCUCUGAAUUCUAACCCCUCCCACCUCAGAGAGCUAGACCUGAGCUUCAACCACCCAGGGGACUCUGGAAUCAAGCUGCUGUCUGCUGGACGGGAUGACCCACGCUGGAAACUGGAAACUCUCAAGUUUGAUCAUUGUGGAAAGUGUCGACUGAACCCACCACCUCUCAGGUAUUUCUGCGAGCUUUCACUGGACUCAAACACAGCAGACAGAAACCUCUCACUGUCUGACAACAACAGACGAGUGAUGGUGGUGAAGGAGAAGCAGCCGUAUCCUGAUCAUCCAGAGAGGUUUGAUAGCUGGAAACAGCUGCUGUGUCAGGAAGGUCUGAGUGGGCGCUGUUACUGGGAGGUCCAGUGGACAGGAAGGGUUCAUAUCGGAGUGACGUACAGAGGAAUCAAAAGAAAAGGAGACAGCGAUGACUGCUGUAUUGGAUGGAAUGAUCAGUCCUGGAGUCUGUUCUGCAGUUCUCAGAGUUACACUCCCUGGCACAAUAACAAACCAAUAGACAUAGACACACACCUGCCUUCUAAGUCUAACAGAGUAGCUGUGUAUCUGGACUGGCCUGCUGGCACUGUGUCCUUCUACUGUCUCCCCUCCAUUGUCUCUUCAGUCAGACGGAUCCACCUCCACACCUUCCACUCCACAUUCACUGAACCCCUCUACCCUGUGUUUGGGUUUGGACGAAUGCGAGAGGUAGGGACUGACUCAAAAUUUUUACCAUCCUCAGUUUAUCUGUCACGUGUUGAGGAAUGAAUGUUUCCUCCUGUAAAACAGUGGGACCCAAAUCAGGGUACCUUAGGACAGUGUCCUAAGAUGAAAGUGUAAAGAUAGUGACUGUGCAAGCCAAGGAGUCAACAGUGAAGGUGAAACUCCUGGCAAA